AAUUUAAGUUUCGGAUUUUUCGCUCCUUUGAACACUUACAAGUUUGCAACAAUGAAGAUAUAUGUUAUAUUGUUAAUUGCUAUUGCAAUUAUUAUGAUUUCUGGUAUCAUGGCUGAAGAAACGCCUUCUAGUAAAGAAGUGGUUUCUACUAGUAAAGUGGUUACUAUUAAAAAAAAUCCUCUCCUAGAUAUUUUGAGCAAACUAAAGGAAAAAGAGGCAUUUAGCAAACUAAAGGAAAAAAAGGCAUUUAUACGCUUAAUAAAGAAUUGGAUAAUCCACUUGCAACAAUGGCUGCUCAUAAUGGCGUUAAAUGCAGGCUUUAAUCUUGCUUGGGGAUGGACAUAUGAUUUUCUAUUUGGAGUUUAUGGAAUGACGCCAAUCCCAUAUUUUCCAAAUCCCAUACUUCCAUAGAAUUAAUGCAAUAUAAUACAAAAUAAUUGUAUAAUAUUUCAUAUUAUGAUGCAAGAUAAUCAGCAGAUUCUUCAACUAAUGCAAAUAUUCUAGUAUAAUUUGACAAAUCAUUGUGUGCGUAAUCAUGAAGAAUUACGAAAUAAUAUUUCCUCCAUCGGA